UACAAACCGAAAGCCAACAGACGCGUGCUCGCUCUGGCUUCAUAUUACCCAACAGCUCCAUUCCAGUAAUCGGGGCCACUUUUAGAUCCGCUCGAAGUGAUACACUCGACCCCAAAAGGCUCAAGAAUGGCGGCCGCGUCAGGCCGACCGCUGGUGGUGGAGCUCGCGGUGGAAGGCAUGAUGUGCAUGAAGAACUGCGGCAACACGGUGCAGAGCGCGCUGCGCAGUGUGGACGGCGUGGCCGAUGCCGUCGUCGACUUCGAGAAGCACAGCGCACACGUCGAGUGCGUCCCAGGCGCGAGUGUGACUGCCGACGACCUGGUGGACGCCGUCGAGUGUGUCGGCUUUGGUGCUGCAGUGAAGACGCCAACCAAUAUGCAGACGGACAGCGAGACGCAGGACCCACUGACGAUCGAGUUGCUGGUGGAGGGAAUGAUGUGCCAAAAGAACUGUGGGACAACCGUGGAGAACGCGCUGAGAGGCGUGGAUGGCGUGGCCGACGUCGUGGUGAGCUUCGAGCACCGCAAGGCCACAGUGACGCUGUUACGGCCCGGCAGCACGACGUUGGAGCAGCUGGUGGACAUGGUGGAGUGUGUAGGCUUCGAGGCCAGCGCAUACGACGCUGCCAAGGCCGCAGCCAUCAAACUACAGGCACAGAAGCAGAAGCAGAAGCAGCAGGAGACAGAGGACGUGGCCGUCGAUAUGCCCGACGUGGGCGGCCACCCGCGCGCCGUGUUCCACGUGGAAGGCAUGAGUUGCGCCGCGUGUGUGAAGGCCAUCGAGGACUACGUGGGCAAGGCGGAGGGCGUACUGCACUGCCGCGUGGGUCUCAUCAGCCAGAAGGCCGAGGUGUCGUUCGACCGCGAUCUGAUCGAGAACGAGCAGACUUUACUCCAGAAACUCAUCCAGGACGCCGGCUACAAGGCGACGUUCUCACACGUGGUAGAACCAGGUGACGAUGACUCGCUGGAGCUCAAGUUCACAGUUACAGGCAUGAGUUGUGCCGCGUGUGUGGGCAAGAUCGAGACGGCAGUGGGCAAGUUGCCUGGCGUGACGAAGGUGCUGGUCAAUUUGCCGCUGAACAAGGCGCAGGUGCAUCUGAAGCAGCUGUCCAAGACAGGGCCUCGUGACGUGCUGGAGUGUAUCAAUGGCCUGGGCUACUCGGCCGAGGUGGCACUGGAGACGACGGACCAGAACGCUCUGAGCAAGUCAGAGGUGGAGAAGUGGCGCAAACUUUUGACCACGGCCAUGAUCUUCUCGUUGCCGGCCUCAUUCAUCCACAUGGUGCUCAUGUAUAUUCCACCAGUGGAAAAGGUGCUAAUGACUCCAGUACUUAACGCUGUGACGCUCAAACUUCUGCUUCUGUUUCUACUUGCAACGCCAGUCCAGUUUGGUGUAGGAUGGCGAUUCUACGUGGCUGCUUACAAGGGUCUACAACAUGGAGCUAUGGGUAUGGACUUCCUGGUCGUGGCCGGCACUACCAUGUCUUAUACGUACAGUUUCGUAGCAACUAUCGGGUCAGCCUUGCAUGCGGACUACCAUGGCCACCACUUUUUCGAGUCUUCAGCGAUGCUGCUGACGUUUGUUACACUUGGUAAGUACAUGGAGUCGAUGGCCAAGGGCAAAACGGCUGAUGCGUUGUCGGAGUUGGCAAAACUGCAGCCGAAGACUGCUCUACUUGUUCAAAAAGGCAAGCGUGAUCGCGAGAUUCCGAUUGAGUUAGUCCAGCGAGGUGAUCUGCUUCGUAUCCUUCCAGGUGCUAACAUCCCAACGGACGGUGUGGUGAAGUCAGGCUCGAGCUCAACAGAUGAGUCGAUGCUUACGGGUGAGAGUAUGCCAGUAGCCAAGAAAGAGGGCGACUAUGUGUUUGGAUCGACAGUGAACCAACAGGGCACGUUGGUUAUUGAGUCAAGCUGUAUGGGUGGCGAGAGCUCUGCUCUAUCGCAGAUCUGCGCUUUGAUCGAAGACGCUCAACUUCAUAAGGCUCCGAUCCAGGCAUAUGCAGACUGGUUAGCGUCGAUUUUCGCCCCGUGUGUUCUAGCCUUGUCAGUCUUGACAUUUACUACUUGGAUGGUUCUGCUCUCGAUGGAUAUCGUACCUGCACAAUGGAAACUCGAUCUAGGCGUGUCAACGAGUACGAGCCACGCGGACGAUUUCUUCUUGUCGAUCCUGUUUGCUAUUUCUGUUGUGGUGAUCGCGUGUCCGUGUGCUUUGGGCCUUGCUACGCCUACCGCUGUCAUGGUUGGCUGCGGUGUUGGCGCUAAGAAGGGUGUGCUUAUUAAGGGUGGCCGCGCUUUAGAGACAGCGCGCUAUAUCGAUACCAUUGUGUUUGACAAGACGGGAACCCUCACCGUCGGACACCCAUCUGUACGUGACGUAGUGGUGGCUGAUCGUGCGUACACACCACGUGAGCUGUUGUAUUAUGGUGCUUCACUGGAAUGUGUGAGUGAGCACGUUCUUGGUAAGGCUAUUGUGAUGACAGCAACUGAGCAUGAGAAGUUGGAGCUUCACGACCCGACGGAAGUUCACGUUGUUCCAGGUCGAGGAAUUGAAGGUGUGGUGGCUGCUAGCGAGGUGACAUCUCGGAGCAGGCCUGUCAACGUGAUGGUGGGCAACUCUGAGUACUGUGAAGAAAAAGGCAUUGAAAUUGGCGAGAAAGUGCGUGCUCACAUGCAUGAGCUGGAGCUUGAAGGUAAAACUGUGGUGGUGGUGUGCGUGGAGAACAAACUGGUGGGUGUCAUUGCCUUGGCUGAUGCUCCUCGCCCGGAAGCUGCAGCUGUCAUCAAGCACUUGAAGUCAAUGGGACUGGAUGUGUGGCUGAUCACUGGUGACAACCUUCGUACAGCCAGCGCGAUCGCUCGUCAGAUGGGCAUCAGCCACGUCAAGGCGGUGGCUCUGCCAGGCGAGAAGGCAGCUCAGAUCAAGGCUUUACAGUCGCAGGUGAACCCUCUGACUCUGAAACCGCGUAUUGUGUGCAUGGUUGGUGAUGGUAUCAACGAUGCGCCGGCACUGGCGCAGUCGGACAUUGGUAUGGCUAUCGGUGCUGGUACACAGAUCGCCAAGGCGGAAGCUGACAUGGUGCUAGUGAAGAGUGCGCUGACCGAUGUGGUGGUGGCUCUGGACUUGGCUCGUGUGGUGUUCUCUCGUAUCAAGUUGAACUUCUUCUUCUCGAUUAUCUACAACGUUGUGGGGAUCCCACUGGCUGCUGGCAUGUUCUUCCCGCUGAUCCACCGGAUGAUGCCUCCUGCCUGUGCUGGUCUUGCGAUGGCUUUCUCGUCCGUGUCAGUGGUGAUAUCUUCGCUUCUACUCAAGAGUUACCAACCGCCAGUAUUAGGAGAAACAGAUCAGAAGCACCACUUUAAGGAGGACGCAAAGGUGAUUGAACUCAAGAACAUGGUGCGCCAGAAGCUAGGUUCUUCGCACAAGACGUACGAGCCUUUAUCCAACUCCGACGAGUGGGAUGAGUGAAGUCCUAUUCGUUCGUGGUCUCGUUGAUUUAAGAAGUACGUAAAUUUAUGGAGUGGUGAAUGAGGUAGCGUACUCGAUAAAUUAUCAUUCAAGUUGAGUAGUCUUUCUGCAUUGACUUCGCUAGCCGAAAACGAUUGAGUCUCGUCUCCCCUCGUCCAUUUCGCUGUCGUCUCUAUCAUAGCGCUGCGUUUCCGACACAUUACUCUUCGUAGUCCGCCUGGUUUUCGUCUUUCGUUUAUGUUUAUGAGGUUUCCGAUCAUCAAAAGAGAGAUUGUUAUGGUGAUAAAGUGCUGAGCUCAGCUUGCUCUCUUCAUCGCAGAAUUCGGCC